AUGUCUUCGGAACUUAUCAACAGGCUAGGCUCGCUGGUACUUGCGCCAACCCACAAGAUUAUAGUAGGUGUUGAUUAUGGCACUACUUAUACCGGCGCUAGUUAUGUGAGCACCAAAGGCAAGGCUGAUCUAGACAACAUUAUCCUUAUCAAUUCAUGGCCCGGUCCAACGAGGGACGCUGAGACGGUCCUAAAAACACCAUCCCGGAUCGCAUAUCAAGAGGAUAAUCCACGGGUUAGCAAGCAACGAUGGGGAUAUCAAGUCGAGCCGGGGAUGAUCGCAUACUCCUGGUCCAAGCUGCUCCUAGAUGAGAAUACACCACUGACGAAAUAUGACGAUGCUGCUCUGGAUGGCUCCUCUGGGGCGGGGAUUCUGAAAUUACCCAAAGGCAAGAAUGCAGUGGACGUGGUCUCUAACUACCUAUCUGAGGUAUACCAGUAUAUUUUAAAAACUAUUGCCAAGCAGAUCACAGAAGAGGCGCUUAGCGUCACGCCACUGGAGUUCUGGUUCACGGUUCCUGCGAUAUGGUCUGACCAAGCGCAAUCUGCAACUCGAACAGCUGCCCGGAGAGCAGGAUUUGGAAGUCGGGUAGGAGACUAUAUAUUCAUGAUUAGUGAGCCGGAGGCUGCAGCCAUUGCGGCGUUGAAGAAAUACACGACCAAUUCUAUGGGCGGCUCUGUAGAGCCCGGAGAUGGUGUCCUCGUCUGUGAUUGUGGAGGUGGUACUGUGGAUAUUACGACCUACCUGGUAGAAGCAACACACCCGGAGCUAAUGUUUGAGGAACUUUGUACGGGAAUCGGGGGGAAGUGCGGUUCCACUGCGGUGGACCGUAAUCUCUACCAGCUCAUGUCUGACAGAUUUGGUGAUGCAUUUGAUAGUCUGCCCAUGAAGAGAAAGGGCCCUGGGAGUGAAUUCAUGAAGAAUUUUGAGGUCAUCAAGAGAGACUUCGGUAAUUCAGAUGAGGAGAGGAUCUUUGAGCUUCCCAUAAACAUGGCCGUUGAGGAUCCGAAUCCGGAGCAUUUUGAUGACGAAGAGCGCAUGGUUAUAAUCCAUAGUGAUGACCUAAGAUCGAUCUUUGAUCCUGUUGUCGAUCAGAUUCUCAGCCUAGUCCGUCAACAGAUCAAGGAUGCCACUGCGGAAGUUGGAAGAGGUGUCAUUAAUAGGGUCAUUUGA